AGUUUGCAAUUUAACAUGUUGUUUUUUAUUAAACGCUCCUCUAACUUUCUUUCACAGAAAUGUAUGCCUGAAUUCAUCAACGCCGCUUAUCAGCUACAAAUUGAAGCCACAAAUACUUGUGGUGAAAAUGGCGAUAACCACUUUUGUAUACAAACUAUGAAUCCUAAUCAUAAAAAUUGUGAAUUUUGUAGAUAUGAAGAUCACUAUCCACCGUACCUCACUGAUCUCCACGAUCCACAGAACCCCACAUGGUGGCAGUCCGAAACCAUGUUUGAAGGUAUUCAACAUCCCAACCACGUUAACUUGACACUGCAUUUGGGAAAAUCGUACGACAUCACCUAUGUGCGCAUACUUUUCCGAUCGCCGCGACCCGAGUCAUUCGCUAUUUACAAACGUACCUCGGAGAGUAGUGAAUGGAUUCCCUACCAGUAUUACAGUGCUACUUGUCGUGACACAUAUUCUCUACCCGACUCGCGGGCUAUCCUAAAGGGUGAAGGCGAGGCGCACGCGCUCUGUACCAGCGAAUACAGUGACAUAUCACCUUUGCGUGAUGGAGAAAUAGCCUUCUCAACGCUUGAAGGCCGACCGAGUGGUAUCAUAUUUGAACGUAGUGGCGAAUUACAGGAAUGGGUCACAGCCACCGACAUACGCAUCACCUUGGAUCGUCUGAACACAUUUGGUGACGAGCUCUUUGGCGAUGCUCAAGUACUCAAGUCGUACUUUUACGCCAUCUCCGAUAUUGCGGUUGGUGCACGUUGUAAGUGUAAUGGUCAUGCCAGCAAGUGUGUAGCUAGUACCGGCAUGCAUGGCGAACGCACUUUGGUUUGUGAGUGUCGUCAUAAUACCGAUGGACCGGAUUGUGAAAAGUGUUUGCCAUUGUACAAUGACGUCAAAUGGAAGAGGGCAACAUCGACAGAAGUCAACGAAUGCAAAGCUUGCAACUGUAAUGGUUUUGCUGACAAAUGCUUCUUUGAUGUACAUCUCUUCAACUUAACUGGACAUGGUGGCCAUUGCUUGGACUGUCGGGAGAAUCGCGAUGGGCCCAACUGCGAACGAUGCAAAGAAAACUACUAUAUGCGAGAAGAUGGCUACUGUAUCAACUGCAACUGUGAUCCGGUCGGCUCACGUUCUCUACAAUGUAAUAGUCACGGCAAGUGUCAGUGUAAACCCGGUGUGACCGGCGAAAAAUGCGACCGCUGCGACAACAACUACUAUCAGUUCGGUCAACAUGGCUGCCAGCCUUGUGGUUGUGAUCCACGCGGCUCCGCUAGCAAUAUACCAUCGUGUAAUCCCGACACUGGCAUUUGCCACUGCAAGGAAAAUGUAGAAGGAAAGCGCUGCAACGAAUGCAAACCCGGCUUCUUCAACUUGGAUAUGACAAAUCGUUUCGGUUGCACGCCUUGCUUCUGCUACGGCCACACGUCCGAGUGUCAAACAGCACCCGGCUACUCAGUAGUUUCGAUCACCUCGAAUUUCAACAAGCACAAGGAACGUUGGACUGCGAUGGAUAUUUUCAACCGUGAUGUGGAUAUCAAGUAUAACCAGUACAGUCGCAGUAUAGGCACAACCGCACAAGGCAACGAAUACAUUUACUUCCUAGCACCAGAGCGUUUCCUUGGCGACCAGCGCGCCUCCUAUAAUCACGACUUGAAGUUCAAACUACAAUUAGUUGGUCAAAUAGCGCCCAGCACCAGCGCUAGCGAUGUUAUUGUGGAGGGCGCUGGCACCAAGAUUUCGCUGCCGAUAUUCGCACAAAGCAACGGCUUGCCCGACCAAACUGAGAAAGAGUACACUUUCCGCCUGCAUGAACAUCGCGACUACCAGUGGCAGCCCAGUCAAUCGUCGCGUGGUUUUCUAUCAAUACUUUCCAACUUGACGGCAAUCAAGAUUCGCGCCACCUACUCCAUACAGGGAGAAGCCAUUUUAGAUGAUGUGGAAUUACAAACGGCUCAUCGUGGCGCUGCUGGUCAGCCCGCCACCUGGAUUGAGCAGUGUACCUGCCCCGAGGGUUACCUGGGACAGUUCUGCGAGUCUUGCGCGCCCGGUUACAGGCAUAGUCCUGCACGCGGUGGUCCAUUUAUGCCUUGCAUUCCGUGCGAUUGCAAUGGUCAUGCCGAGAUUUGUGACUCAGAAACUGGUCGGUGUAUUUGUCAACACAAUACGGCCGGGGACAACUGUGACCAGUGUGCACGUGGAUACUAUGGCAACGCUUUGGGUGGUACACCAUAUGACUGUAAACGUUGUCCUUGCCCCAAUGAUGGUGCUUGCAUGCAAAUCAACGGCGACACCGUCAUUUGCACCGAAUGCCCUGUUGGCUACUACGGCGCGCGCUGUGAAAUGUGCUCGGACGGCUUCUUUGGUGAUCCAACGGGUAUCUAUGGCGCGGUGCAAACAUGUAAAGCGUGCGACUGCAACGGCAAUGUGGAUCCCAAUGCGGUAGGCAAUUGUAAUCGUACCACUGGUGAAUGUCUCAAGUGCAUACACAACACAGCCGGAAAACACUGCGACGAGUGCUUAGCAGGACACUUCGGCGAUCCACUGGCUCUACCACACGGCCAAUGUGACCGCUGUAGCUGCUAUCCACCAGGCACCGAACAAAAUCAGGAUGGUAUUACACAAUGCGAUCAAGUAACCGGUCAGUGCCAUUGCAAACCAAAUGUGAUUGGACGUGAGUGCGGUGAGUGCCAGCCAGGAUACUUCAAUAUUAUGUCGGGAAAUGGGUGUGAAAACUGCAUGUGUGAUCCUGUUGGUAGUUACAACUCCACCUGCGACAAGUUCACAGGACAAUGCUUCUGCAAGCCGGGUGUUUUGGGGCAACAGUGCGAUCAGUGUGAAGUAUACCAUUACGGCUUCUCCCAGGAAGGUUGUAAGCCUUGCGAGUGUGACGAAAGCGGCUCUAAAGGAUUCCAAUGCGAUCAGUAUGGGCAGUGUCCAUGCAAUGACAAUGUAGAGGGUCGCCGAUGUGAUCGUUGUAAAGAAAACAAAUAUGAUCGCCAUCUGGGUUGUAUAGAUUGCCCGGAUUGCUAUAACCUCGUACAAGAUGCGGCCAAUGAACACCGUGCAAAGUUGCAUAACCUUAGCGCGACAUUGGAUGAAAUUGCACGUACACCCGUUACUAAUGAUGAGGAGUUCGAGGCCAAAUUGAAGACCGUGCAAGAAAAAGUAGACAUCCUUUUAACCGACGCUAAGUAUGGCGCAGGCGAAAGUGGCCAGACGUAUGCUGAAGUAUUGGAUGAUCUGCAUAAACGCCUCAACAAUAUCCGCACUCACCUGGUCACCGCCGACGAGCUACAAGAUAAGGCGAACGAUGAAAUCAAAAAGGCCAGACAAAACUAUUCCAAUGCGCAUGACAUUGUUGAGGCUACGAAGAAUGAACUGCAGAACGCAUUGAACUUACUAAAUGAUGACGGUGCACAGGCGCUGUCUAAAGCCAAAAACAAAUCUGUAGAGUUCGGUGUGCAGUCAGAUCAAAUUUCGGAGAUAUCACGCGAAGCACGGGCUUUAGCCGAUCGCUUAGAAUCGGAAGCGCAAGUCGAUUUGGAGAAUGCCAAGGAUGCCAACGAAGCAGUGGAGAAAGCCUAUGAGUUGGCGAAAAGUGCAAUCAACCUUCAGCAGAAAGUAAGCGAUGAACUGCGUUCAGAGGUACGUCUGGAGUUAAAUACAGUCAAGCAAUCGCUGACUAAUGUAGCUCAAACCACCAAAGAAGCGUUGCGUAAAGCGAACGAGGUUUACGACGCUGCUUUAACAUUGCUUACGGAUGUCAAUGGGCUAACUGCACCAGAAAUUAAUAUUAAGAAGCUUAAGAAGGAUGCAUUGGCAGCAAAUGAAGACGCCGAUCGCCUUUUGAAACGAGUCAACGAUAUAUCCAACAGCAACGGUAACAUAUUUGCCGAUUUCGAUGAGGAAUACGAACUAGCCGAUUUGCUAAUUCUCAGAGCAAACGAACAAAAACAAGACGAUAUCAGGCUAUUAAAAACCGCCCAGGACGCACUUGACAAAGCUAGAAAGGCUGUUGAGCAGGGCGAUAGCACGCUGAAAGAAGCCAACAACACAUAUCACACUCUGGCAGGUUUCCAAGCUGAUGUGCAGAAAUCUUCUGAAAAAGCUGACCUAGCACUGAGGACAGUACCAAGCAUUGAACAAGAAAUCGAAAAUGCCGAGCAAUUGAUAAGACAAGCAGGAGAGGCUUUAAUGGGUGCUAAUAAAAAUGCGCUCGAGGCAAAAACCAACGCACAGCAGGCACAAGAGAAGUAUGCCGAGCAGGCUUCAAAGGAUGCGGAAAUAAUUCGUAAAAAGGCAAACGAUACCAAAGUAAAUGCCCGCAAGCUACGUAACGAAGCUGAUCAACUCAAUCAUCGUGUGCAAAUCACUGAAAACAGCAUCGCCAAAUUGGAUGAAUCGGCAAACAAAGACGACAGCCUCGUCGAUGAUGCCAAACGAAAGGUAGGACAAGCCAAGGCCGGUGCACAAGAAGCACAGGGUCAGAUUGAUAAGUCCAUACAAGAAUUGGAUGACAUCAAGGAGGAAUUAGAGAAUCUAAGGGACAUUAAUGUCGAAGAUUUAGAUAAACUCGAAAGUCGCCUCGAUCAAGUGGAGUUCGAAUUGAAUCGUGUCAACUUGACCGGUCGAAUUGAUAAGUUCCGUGAUUUGCGCAACGCACAAAAGAAAUGGAUCGACAAGUACGAGAAGGAUUUGUACGAUUUGGAGGAGCAAGUAGCAAAUAUUCGUGCGAUAGCCCAAGCACUGCCCAAUGGCUGUUAUCCGCGUAGUCGAUUGGAGCCAUAAAUGGGCCAAGUAUCGGUUAACACUGCCCAACAAACCAUAGAACUAAACUCUAAAUAUGCGAAAAGAGAAAUGAAAAAAUCCAAAUACCCUAUACUAGUGUCUAAUAUGAAAAUAUUUUAGUGAAGAAGUAGUUAAGUUAAGUUUUAAAAUAAAUAUUCUUAAAUCCUACUUUUUUUGUACGCACACAUAUGAGCCGCUUAUUUGUAAAGUGGCAUAAGUCAUUUCCUGCCGUUUAAAUACAGUGAUUAUUUACUUGUAUCUAGACGCUUCUGUUAUUCGUUAAACUUCGUCAGCCGAAAGUAUAAAGUUUUUUUAUUUAGCUUAUGACAGCAGAACGAUUUGCAGAUGCAUUCAGUUUAAUAGUAACUAAGCGUUUAGGCUCAAGAGGUGGAAAUGACUUAUGCCACUUUCAUAAUACACGGCUCUUAUUAUCUUUCAGCUGCUAUUUCCGAAGUGAACCAAAAUUAUCUAGCAGAAGGCUGCAUAAAUGGUUUUGGAAGGGCAAUCAAAAUAUUUACUAAUUUCGCAAUAGUUCACUUCCACAGAGUUUUCAAAUACUGUCAAAUGCGUUCUGCAAAUAGUGAAUCAAAAUUGUGCUUGAAUAAAACAUUGCUGCAAUAAAACAU